UCGAUUUCUCGUGGUUGAUGUUCAUCUUAUCCGUGUUAUUUACAAGAUGCGGAUUGCUGUGGACGGCAUUGGGCCCUUUUCACGUCAAAAUAGGGCUAGGGUUUAUUUGGGGGUUAUCAGUCAGCGCACUUUUUCUCUGAAAGGGGAUGGUCUUGGUUAUGUGGCCAUCGAAACAGGGUAUAGAAGUGCUAUGAUUCCUCUAGUUAAAUUGAUUCAGAUUAGUACUGGAGUUGUAGUGUGAUUCAUGUAGUAAAUUUGAAUGGUGUUCACUGAAUGUGCGCGGACUCUGAAUGUGUCAACUCUGUUAACUGAAUUUGUGCAGUACAUUUAACUGAAUUUGUCUAAAUGUGUGCAGUGCAUUUAACUGAAGUUAUGCGCAGUAUGUUAACUGAAUAUGUCUGAAUGUUUGCAGUACAUUUAACUGAAUUUUUCUCAAUGUGUGCAAUGCAUUUAACUGAAAGUAUGUGCUAUUUCAUAAUGCAGGCAAUUUGAUGGACUGUUUUCAGUUGAGAUAGAUCACAAAGGUUUUUUGUGUGGAAGUGAUAGCAACAUGACCUACAUGGAUCAAGAAGUGGACUGGUUUGAUAGCUGCGACAGUGAUACUUGGUCAGUUCUAUGGAUUGAUGUUUUUCUUCUCCAAUUGGGCUAUGACAGUGCUGUGUCCAAAAUAGAUGUGUAUUGGAGCAAACCUGGAAAGUCUUUGUGUGAUGGCCUUCAGUUAAUUGCAUGUGAUGCACACAUUGCCCUUAUGAUUGCUGCAACAGUGGAUCACAAGAACUUGGUCUUGCUUGUAGACCAUGGUGACACCCUGGAGUCAGUAACUGAUGAUGAUGUGUUGGUAGAGGGGAUGCCUGAGCUGCCAAGGGUUAUUACUCCAGUUAAGUCGGCAAAGGGAAAAGAAAAUGUGGACAACUUUGAGAAACCAGAAAUUGCAACAGAGAUGAGAUGUAACUACAAGAAAGCAAAGAGAUUCAUGUCAUUUGGUGAGGGCUGUAGCUCAAGGGUUCCAUAUCGAGAAUUUGAGGAAGAAGAUGGCAAUUGUGACAGUGAUGAAAGUAGUGCUGAAGAUGCAGGUGACAGUAGUGACGAACAUGUAGAUGCAGAAGUUGAAACUGAUGAGGAUUUCUAUGAGAGUGAUUACGAAGUAGCACAAGGUGAUGAUGAUCUGUUUGAGAGCAAUGUAGACAAAGAUGUUGAUGACCAUAGACAGAAGGAGAUUGUGCCUGACUUUGAAGGAGAACUUCCUGAAGAUGCCCUAGAUGACAGUCAUCUGAACCUAUCAAAAGAAGAAGGAGACAAGCUUAGAUACAAAUUCAGCACAUUCAAUCCAUCCAGUGACCUUAAAGCACCAACUUUUAGAGUUGGCAUGCUUUUUGGUGAUAUGAAAGAGCUAAGGCUUGUUGUGGUUGCAUACAGUGUAAGAAACAGAGUAAAGGUUGAGAAGAUAAGGAAUACGACCACCAAAUUUGAGGUAGUAUGCAAGCCUGGAUGUACUUGGUACUUGAAGGCGGGCAGAGAUAACAGGAGUACUAGCAUUCAGAUAAAGAAAUACCUUGACAAUCACACAUGCACCAAGGCUUGGGAUCUGAAAGCUUUGACUGCACCAUUCCUGACUGCACAAUUCAGAGAAGAAUUCAGAGACAAUGAGAAGAUGCCUUUGAGAAAGUUUUCAGAUAAAGUGGAGCAGGAAUUCAACAUGGUUGCAAAGAGAAGUAAGCUGGGAAGAGCAAGAAGAGAAGCAGUUAAACAAAUUCGAGGUGAAGAUGAUGACCAAUACAAUAUGUUGUGGGACUAUGGCCAAGAGCUUAGGAGGACUAACCCAGGAAGCAAGUUCUUCGUGUGCACUAAGGAGGUUUUUCAUGAUAGGACUAAAGAAACAAAAGACCACUUCUCAACCCUGUACUGGUCAUAUGAUGCAUGUAAGAGAGGGUACCUUAUAUUCAAGUCAUCUUUCUCGGUGGGUGCCACAUAAAAACUAGAUACAAAGGGAACUUACUUACAGCAGUUGGUGUUGAUCCCAAUGAUUGUAUUUCCCCAUAGCAUUUGGGCUAUGUGAAGUUGAGUCAACAUAUAGUUGGGAGUGGUUCUUAGCCACUUUGAAGGAUGACUUGAAUAUAAGCAACUCUUCACCAUAUACAAUAAUGAGUGACAAGCAAAAGGUUAGCACUUGCUACCUCUUUAAUUUAUUGCAUGGUAAUCAUCUGCUUACAAUACUUACUCACCAAAUGACAUUUCUUUUUAGGGUUUAAUAGCAGCAGUGCAAAAAGUUUUCCCUUAUGCUGAACACAGAAACUGUGUUAGGCACAUCUACCAGAACUUUCAUAAAAUACACAAGGGAGAACAACUCAAGAAUGAUUUAUGGGCAAUAGCAAGAUCUACACAUGAAAUUGCUUAUAGUAAGAACAUGGAGCAGAUGAAGGAACUUAGCCUUGCUGCAUACCAGUGGGUGGAGAAGUUGGCACCUAAAACAUGGAUCAAAGCAUUUUUCCCCUUUCAGCAAAUGUGACAUCCUUCUAAACAACAUGAGUGAAGUUUUCAACAGUUAUAUUCUGGAUGGAAGAGAGCUGUGAAUGUAAGAGAUGGGAGCUAUCUGCCAUACCUUGCCAUCAUGCUAUUGCAUGUUUCAGGCACGAGAGGAUUGAACCAGAGAGCAUGGUUCAUGAGUGCUAUACAGUGGAAAACUAUAAGGAUUGCUAUGGAUGGAACCUGAUGCCUAUGAGUGACAUGAAGAAGUGGGAAAAGUUGCAUGGCAUCCCUGUCUUCCCACCUAUAUACACAAAAGUAAUGGGUAGGCCAAAGAAAAAUAGGAAGAAAGAGCCAGAAGAGAAACAAGAUAAGAAUGGAUGAUACGUCUCCAACGUAUCUAUAAUUUUUGAUUGUUCCAUGCUAUUAUAUUAUCCAUCUUAGAUGUU